AUGACCAACGGAGAAUCCUGGAAGAGACCUCGUGUCAGUCUCGGUCUUCUCACAUUUGGCCCCGACGGAACCGAAUCAUACGGCUCCCGAAUCACAUCUCUCGACGAAUUCAACGAAUGCCUAGACUAUCUCCAGUCUCGAGGGUACCACGAAGUCGACACCGCGCGGACCUACGUCGGGGGCCACCAAGAAGGCUGGACCAGACGUACCGGGUGGCGUGAUCGAGGCUUGAAACUGGCCACCAAAUGGUAUCCCUAUCAGGCGGGUGACCACGCUAGAGCGAUCGUCAAGGAAAAUCUCACCAAGAGUCUGAACGAGCUAGGCUCGGACAGCGUCGAUAUCUUCUACCUGCAUGCGCCCGACCGGGCAACGCCGUUCCAGGAAACGCUGGAGGCGUGCAACGAGCUGUACGAAGAGGGCAAGUUCCGACAACUGGGCCUCAGCAACUACGCCGCGUGGGAGGUCGCCGAGCUCUGGACCAUCGCGGACCAGAAGGGCUGGAUCAAGCCCACGAUCUAUCAGGCCAUGUACAACUGCCUGACGCGGGCCAUGGAGGAGGAGCUGGUGCCUUGUUGUCGGAAAUACGGCCUGGAGCUGCUCGUGUACAACCCCCUGGCUGGAGGGGUGUUGAGUGGGCGGUACCAGAGCAAGGAGAUCCCCGAUGAUGGCGGGCGGUAUUCCACCUCGGAUCCGGUGGUCGGGGCCAUGUACCGCGAACGGUACUUCAAAGAUGUCAACUUCGAGGCGUUGAAGGUCAUCCAACCGGUCGCGGACCGGCUCGGGUUGACGCUGUUGGAGAUCGCGUUUCGAUGGCUCGUCCACCACAGUCAGCUGCGGGUCCAGGAUGGCAAUGAUGGAAUCGUGAUUGGAAUCAGCUCGCUAGCCCAGUUGAAGAGUAAUUUAGACGACCUCGAAAAGGGACCGCUGCCAGAUGAGGUGCUAGAGGCUCUGGAUCUCGCGUGGACAAUCACCAAACCAUCGUGCUCUUUAUACUGGAGGUAG